ACAGUUUGGGCUUCCAUAGGGAGGAGCCUAAACCAGGUAAAUUAGGAAAUGUUUGCAGCUGCUGACUGUUUGAAGAGGAGUGUGGUCUGGAUGAAGCUCAAGAAAUGACCUUCAACUUCACCAAAAAACACCAGCUGAUGGAAGGUUUAGCAGUCAAGUCCCUGUGACGGGUUCAAGUGUCCGAGCUCAUCCUCAGAACGUCUGCUGCUUUCAGAACUAUAUGUUCGGACAGCAGGGAAUUUCUUCAAAUAUCUCAAACACUUAGAGUUCCAUCUGUGUUCAAUCCUCUGCAGUGAAAUCAGAGAAUGGAUAAGUACGCACCACUGAUGACUCUGGUCCUUUUGGGCUGCAUCUCCUGCUCAGAGGUCCCCCUUCGUCAGUACUACUAUGUUAACAAAACUAUGAGCUGGAGUGAAGCUCAACAAUACUGCAGAGAGAAAUACACCGACCUGGCUACGUUUGACAGCAUGGAUGACUUGAAGAGACUGAAAGCCAACUUUUCCUACUCCUGGGCUUGGAUUGGUCUUCAUGAUGAUCCAGCAGCUUGGAGAACAUCCAUGGGAAAUGAGAGCAACUCCUGGAGAUGGUCAGCAACAGGACAAACCAGCAGAACUGGAUUCCAGUCGUGGAACAGUUACAGUCCAGAUUACUGGAAAGGAACGGAAACAUGUGCAACAAUGGAUGGAAGGGGGCAGUGGAACGAUAAUGUCUGCACUUCAUCCUAUACUUUUCUGUGCUUUAAUGUUACAGAUCAAAACAAGAAAAGCUACAUUUUCAUCAAUCAGUCAAUGUCAUGGAGUUCUGCUCAGCAGUACUGCAGGGAUAACCACAAGGACUUGGCGAUGAUCGAGAAUCAGGAGGAAAACAUGGAGGCUCUGAAUGCUAAACCAUCCAGUUCUAAACCUUGGAUUGGUUUGUAUCGUGAACCCUGGACCUGGUCUGAUGGAAGCCUGAGCUCCUUCAGAAACUGGUAUCCCUCUGGUUCAGAUAACUAUGGAGGAAACCAACACUGUGUUACUGAGAAUACUGACCAUGAGUGGGGAGAUGAGCGCUGUAGCAUCGAAAGAGUUUUUGUCUGCCAUCAAGUUUCAAAAAUGAAAACCACUUUGAGGAUGAAAUUCAUCACUGAUGCUGACCUGACCGAUCCAAAAGUCAAAGCCCAGAUCUUGGAGAAGCUUUCUGCUUUGCUCACAGAAGACAGAUGGACCAACUUCAACCUCCAGUGGACGAUUCCACUCAAAAAUACUCCAGAGUGACGCAGUGAUGGUCCUGUAGCUCACCUCCACCUUUUGCUUCUGAAGAUAAUUUUAUGUUAGCUACACAAUAUAUUAUAUUAGUUUAAAUGAAGCUGUUAUAUUGUAUACAUUAAUGAUAGUCAAAAUAGCUAUUAUCAAUUUGUUUAUAAGAAAAUCUCAGAUAAACUCAAAUUACUAGUUUGUAUUUUUUACCAGAAGUGGAGUCUUUGGUUUGAU